AUGUCCAACAUCAUCUCGCUCGAGUACCGCGGCCGCAUUGCGCUGCUGACCAUUGACAAUGACGCCAAGCUCAACGCCAUGAACCAGGAAAACUACUACGACCUCGCCCAGAAGCUCCGUGAGAUUGCCACACACGACGAGGUCUUCAUCACCGUGCUCGUUGGCAAGGGCCGCUAUUUCUCAGCCGGCGCCGACGUUUCCCUCGCCAACAAGGCACCCGCCGCGGACGAUGCCCUCGCCAACCACAAGCACUGGCUCUCGGCCUUUGUCGCCAACAACCUCAACACGACCGAGGCCUUCUUCUCCCACCCCAAGAUCCUCGUCGUCGGCCUCAACGGCCCCGUCAUCGGCCUCACCGCCGCCCUCGUCGCCUUUGCCGACUUUAUCUACAUCACGCCCCACACCUUUCUGCUGACGCCCUUUUCCUCCCUCGGCCUCGUCGCCGAGGGCGGCGCCAGCCGCGCCCUCGUCCAGCGGCUCGGCCCGGCGCGGUCCCACGAGGCCCUCCUCAUGAGCAGGCGCAUCACGGCCGACCAGCUGCUGCAGACGGGCUUCGCCAACAAGUCGUUCGACGUGGCCAAGGGCGACAGCGACCGCUUCCGGGACCUCGUCCUCGCCGAGGUCGAUGAUAAGCUGGGCGAGCACCUCACAGGCGAGAGCCUGACGGGGAUCAAGGAGCUCAUCCGCGCGCCCGAGCGCGAGAUUCUCGAGAGGCAGAACCACAAGGAGGUAUUUGCCGGUCUUGAGAGGUUCGUCAAGGGCGUGCCGCAGCAGGAGUUUGCCAAGAUUGCCUCGGGGCAGAAGAGGCACAAGUUGUAA